AUGUGUCCAUGUUCUAUAAUUUUGUUCGUAAUAUUCAGCUAUGGACGUGGUGAUAAAAUACAUGUGAAUCUUGGAAACUGUAUAGUUAUUGGCAGAAAAUUUAACACGAUAUUUGACAACAGAUCGUAUGCAAGUUUUUGGGAUAUACCGUAUGGGGUAUCACCCGUAGGAGAGUUGAGGUUUAAGCCACCAAAAGCUACACAACUCUGCACUAACGGCACAUCAGACCACAGCUCUGCAAAUAGAAAAACGUGCGCGCGUCAGUUCGAAGAGGAUUGCCUUCAUCUCUCCAUACACAUGCCGAUAUCCGAUAAACAAACACAUAUGCCUGUCUUAGUUUGGACGCACGAAGAUUCUACUCAUCAUGGCCCAGAUUUCCUCAUAGACGAAGGUUUGAUUGUAGUAUCCGUCUCAUUCAGAACGGCAAUACUCGGAUUUCUAAACACUGAAGACGAUUUCGCCCAAGGCAAUAUGGGAGGCAAAGAUAUAUUACUAGCCCUGAAAUGGAUCAGAGAUAACAUCAGCCAUUUCAAUGGAAAUCCGAACGAGGUGACAGUAGUUGGAUCGGAGAAAAGUGCCGUUUUGGUUGCCUCUUUGUUACUGUCCCCCGCGGCAGAAGGUUUAUUCGCCAGAGUUAUCAUACAAGGUGGAUCGGCGUUAUCCCCGGCAGAUUACCGAAAUUACAAUUUCGAUGUCGCCAAUAAAUUAUAUCGGAAUCUUUACGGACCAUUCGAGAAAUUGAAUCGAACGAGGCUUUAUGAAUUACUUUCAAAUACUCUUGUUGAUACUUUGUUAUUGGCAUCACGAGAUCUGUUUGAUAGCACGGAAGUUAGAGACGCUCAAAGGUUGAUCAAUAAUUUCGGCCCUACUGUUGAGAGGACAAGGAACUUUUUUAUGAAUAAAACUCCUUUAUCAGUUUACAAACGAAAACUCGCUAAUAACAACGUCGAGGUAAUGAUGGGAUAUACGAGUUUGGAGUCCCUUUACAAAUUGCAGGGGUUUGAGAAGAAUAGGCAGCUUUUGAAGUAUUUAAAUUAUAACUUCCAAUACGUAUUACCGUUCGAAGGCUCAAAGGACGAAUAUGGUUCGAAGAGGUAUCGUGAGAUAAGACGAAGGAUAAUGGAUUUUUAUUUCGUUAAUGGCACGAUAGGGGAGGGGAGCUUGAGGCGGUAUGCGAAAUACGUCUCGGAUCAAGUGAUUUAUCCGUUGCUUCGUCAGGCGAGGCUCCAUACGGAGGGAUCAAGUGACAAUGUUUACCUGUAUAGAUUUUCUUUUAAGGGAGUGUUGAAUGUCGUUUGGAACAUUACUGUGCCGGGUUUAGAUUGGCGCGGGGCGACAGCUGGGGACGAAAUCUGCUACCUAUUCAAGUGCAAAUCAGUAAACGACGCUUACAAUAGCACCGGCGUCUCGGAUGAAAGGCACUUCAUUAAGAAAAUUGCGAGAUUAUUGGCGAAUUUCGUUAAAUUUGGCAACCCAACGCCGAUCAAGGAAGACGAUGUCUUAGGUGAUCUUGAGUGGUUACCGCUUCAGCGACACAAAGUAGCCCAAGUUCUCAGUCUAGGUCGAAAACUAAAACUGCUCAAUGUUCCCGAACUCCAAAGAAUGGAGUUUUGGGAUCGCUUGCAAACUGAUUUUUUCGCCGACAAACUCCCAAAAGAUGAACUUUAA